CCUACUGGCGUGAUGCGUAUCAAGCGCAACCAACACCAACACUGCCAUCAGCAACCAUUCGCAUAAUCAAAACACGCAAAUCUUACGUGCUCGAAACAGGGCCAAUUUUCCGGGAAAUACGGAGGAAAUAUCAGCUUUUUUCGGCUCCAGUGAAAGCGGGACCAUGAACAGUAUCGGUGAAAAUUGUACCGAGUUGAAAAAGAAGUACGAUUCGUGCUUCAAUCAGUGGUUUUCCGAACGCUUUCUGAAGGGCGAUGCCGACGAUUCGGUGUGUGCACCUCUGUUCCAAGUGUACCAACAGUGCGUGAAGGAUGCCAUGAAGGCCCACCAGAUCGAGUUUAAGGAGAUCGAAAGCGACUACCUGGGUUCCGAGAAGGAGCAAAAAGUUCCUCCCAAGAACGGCGGUUCCAGCUGACCCUGAUCUGUGUCGCUCGGCAGCAUCACCACUGGCCAUUGAAACGAUACGACACUCGCUACGGCAACACGACUGACAGCACGAGAGAAGACGUAUGACUAUGAUGAAAUCAAAUCAAUUCCCCACAAACAUUUGAAGUUGGUGGUGCUACGCACGAAAUGGUUGCGAGUGAUAAUUAUAUGCACCGUUCGUUGCCACAGCUAAGCUCGGAAGCAGUGCGUUCCGACUCAAUUUUUUUUAUCAACGUUCCUUUAGUUUUUUGUAAUUUUCAAGAAUGUGAAGAAACGGUGCACUACAGAGCCACUCUGUCUAGUCGAAAGCAAAAAGGUAUGAUAAUAAAAGUGUAAGUUUUAGUGAAUCAAAGCAAAAAUGAAAAUAAAAUCAAUAAGUUAGAAGAAUAGCCACUGUGUCAUUUGGAGUUGUUCAACGGCUUUAAUGAAAUAUUUUCUUAAGUAUGCUUGUUCUAUUAAUGUACAGAUUAAUUAGCUCCGUAGGAGUGACAAAUAUAUCAAUCAUUCAUUACGGCA